AUGUACAACAUGUCCACUGUCCUCCUCACCGACGUCAACCGCGGUUCGUCACCCACCCUUGCAUCAGCGUACCCUGCACAUCCCAACCACAUUGUUAUUGAUGCCGCCUCCCCGUAUGCUGAAUCCCUACGCGACCUGCCGCGAGACCCUAAUUCGCGUCUCAUCCUGACCACACUGGAAUGCACCUCGACCGAUGACAUGGCCACCGCAAUGCAAAUCCUCUCUUCAGAGGCAACCACGCACCUGGACCUGGUCAUCACCGGUGCGGAAAUCUGUCCUGCUCCAGAUCCUUAUCUAGCAAACCUUGACGUAAUGACGUGA